AUGAAGGCCCAACAGAGACCUUUAAAAAUCCCCGGCCCCAAGGAGCAGUGUGAAGACAGGUAUUUACCCGUCAGAGUGAGCGAAAUUUAAAUUUUUAUUUUUUACAUUUAAAAAAUGAUUUUAAGAUUUGGAAUGUCAGUUAAAUAUCAAUAUAAAUCCUCAGGCUGAAUUUGAUAGUACAAAUCCCUUAUGUUUUAUUAAAUUUUUUUUUUGCUCUUUGUUCCCAUUUUUUCCUUUUCUUUUUCUUCUUAUUUUUUUUCUUUUCUUUCUUUUUCUUCUUUUUUUUUUUUUUUUUUUUUUUUUGCUUUUUUUUCUUUUUUUUUCUUUUUUCCUUUUUUUUUCUUCUUCUUUUUUCUUUUUUUCUUCUUCUUCUUCUUCUCUUUUCUUUCUCCUUUUUGGCCGCUUUUCCUUCUCCCUUUCUUCUUUCCCCCCCUUUUCCUUCCGCUUUUCCCGUCCCUCCGUCCCUGGCUUUGCCCCACCUGUGAGACUCCCCCAGUUGGCUCACGAGGGGGGAAACCCCAACAGUGGGGGGAAGUUCUGUGAAAAGGGAAAUCGGUUUUGUCUUUUUAUUUGGAAAAGAGGGAACCAAAGUAAACAGUUUCUGAAAAGCUUUGCCUUUUGGUCAUCGUUUAGUGUCUUCUUUUCUUCCAGAGCUGGUUUACUUUACGUGAGGAAAACGAGGGCAAAACCCAAAAUUCACUUAGUUGUGUCAAUAAAAGGGGCUAAAAGGAAAAUCUGAAGAUGAAGAUUGGAAAAAUUUUUGAUUAGGGGUUAUUUGUCUGUGUUGAGCAGUGGAGACGUGUCCUUUCAACAUGGAGUACCAGAGUGUGCUAGUCCCUGCACUGAUACCUGCUCCAACCCAGAGAGGAACCAGCAUUGUGAGGAACACUGCACCGACGGAUGCUUCUGCCCUGCCGGUACAUGCACUAAUAUACAGAAUACAACAUCAUACGUCAGCAAUGUAACUUUUUUAAAGUAGCAAUAAAAAAUAUACAAAUGUGAUCUCACCGACGGAUGCUUCUGCCCUGCCGGUACUGCACACUCACUGAUUUAACAGAGAUGGGAUCAAGUCACAAUUUUGCAAGUCUCAAGUCUUAACUUUCGAGUCUCGAGUCAAGUCCCAAGUAAUAAUGGGUAAGUCCCAAGUUCCACAGCUCAGCUCCCUAAUUUGGGGUUUCGAGUCCUCAAGUCAAAGGUUAAGUGUUUAAUGCCAAUUUCAAUGCAUCAGUGAUUUUGGACCCACAUGUUUUACAAACUGCCCCCAGAGCAACUUACAGGAGCAGUUUGGGUUAAUUAAGUGCCUUGCUCAAGGGCACACUGACAGAUUUUCACCUAGUCAGGUCAGGGAUUCAAACCAUUGACCUUUCAGUUACUGGCCCAAUGCGCUUAACCAAUAGGCUACCUGCCCGCUUUGGUAUGCAGAUAUUUUCUAAACAGGGCACAUGGUUUUUAAAGAAAUUCUGGAAAAACUCCUGGCCCUAGGGAGGAUGAAAAUUCCGUCAAACUGCAGCAACCUUGUACUUAAUAUGAAAUAUGUUUGAAAACGACUUUCCGUUACCCAUCAACCACUGCAAUUGGACAAUAGAAGUCACAGGGCGGAGCUUGCUUUAUGCAGGCAACUGCAAUUAAAAAAGUAACUCACCACAGUCUAUUUAUGUCUUUUAAAGCCCGUUUGGUGUUUUUUGUAAUUUUAGUUUAAACAUUUUGAUUGACAAAGGGGCCUAGCCCCAACCCCCUUUGAAUUGCCUCCCUUUUCCUUCCCCAUUUUCUCGAAAAAACCUUUUGGGGUUUUAUUUUUGUUUUCAAACAUUCCACCCUAUUUUCCCCCCCCAAGGGGCAAAAUUGGGGGGCCCCACGUGAUCAUUUUUUUCAGUGCAUAAAAAGCUAAAAAUGCCCUUUUCUUCCCAAUUUAAAAGGGGAGGCUGCUUUGGGAUUUUCGUAAGGGUCUUGUUGUUAGGGGGGGGGGUGAGGUUUUUCAUUUCUCAAAUAGGGGGGAGGCGUGGAGCGGCAGCGCUUUGCAGUAUUCUUUUUUGGGCCCGGAACUGAGGAAGUUUUUUAAAAGGGCUUGUUUAAUUAUUUGGGAACAGGUGAUAAUGUUUUUUAAUGGGGUUUAAAAUUUUUUAUUUGGAAAAAGGGACUAAAUUAUUUAAAUUUUUUAGGAAACCAGGUGACUAAAUGUAUUUAAUGUCAUUUAUGGAACCAGGUGACUUAAAUGUAUUUAAUUUCAUUCAUGGAACAAGGUGACUAAAUGUAUUUAAUGUCAUUUAUGGAACCAGGUGACUAAAUGUACUUAUUGUAAUUUAUGGAACCAGGUGACUAAAUGUAUUGAAUGUAAUUUAUGGAACCAGGUGACUAAAUGUAUUGAAUGUAAUUUAUGGAACCAGGUGACUAAAUGUUAUUGGAAUGCCUUUCUAUAGGAACCGUGUUUGAUGACCUCAAUCUGAACUGGCUGUGUAGCUGUGAAACCAGUGCUCUUGUCUCCACACGGACAGUCUUACCAGCCUGGACAAUCAUUCUCAAGAACAUGCCAGACAUGGUAAGAGCUGCACUGUAUUUAUAUACACUGAAUUAUUGUGUGUGUGUGCGAGCCGGAUGUGUUGAGCCGGAUGUGUUGAGCUGGAUGUGUUGAGCCGGAUGUGUUGAGGCCUGGAUGUGUUGAGCCGGAUGUGUCGAGCCGGAUGUGUCGAGCCGGAUGUGUUGAGCUGGAUGUGUUGAGUGGAUGUGUGAGCGGAUGUGUUGAGCCGGAUGUGUUGAGCCUGGAUUGUGUUGAGGGGUGUGUUGGGGCGGAUGUGUGCGGUGUGUUUAGUGGUGUGUGACUGGGUGGGGGCUGGUGGGUUUUUAGUGGGUGGGUUGAGCGGGGGGUGCUUUGUGUCUAUGGUGUUGAGCUGGAUGUGGCGGUGUGUCUUGUGUGGUGUGUAGGCUAAAAAUGACUGUUCUCCUUUUGUACUGUAACCCCGGCCAGGGGGGUUGUACAGACUGAUUUCCACUACCGUCCCUAGUGGGAGGGGGUUCCCCCAUCCCACCUUGAUGGGGGGAAAGCUAACCCCUUCCCGGAGACGUCAUAUGCCGUCCAGGAGGGGUUAAAAUAAGUAGGAGAUGCUCAUAUGUCCCGUCCAAAAUUUGGGAUCUAAAAAACUAUGGGGACUGUAUAUGUCCUGUCCAAGGGGGGACUAAAUAAAAUAUGGAGACUGCUCCCUGUUGUCCAAAAUAGGGCUAAAAUAACUUUUGGAGACUGCUCCCCUGUUUCCAAGGUAGGGGUCUAAACUAACGUAUGGGAUGCUCCCGCUGUAUGUCCAAGGUAGGGAUCUAACUAACGUAUGGAGACUGCUCCCGCUGUAUGUCCAAGGUAGGGAUCUAAACUAACGUAUGGAGACUGCUCCCGCUGUAUGUCCAAGGUAGGGAUCUAAAUAACGUAUGGAGACUGCUCCCUGUGUAUGGUCAAAGGUAUGGAUCUAAACUAACGUAUGGAGACUGCUCCCGCUGUAUGUCCAAGGUAGGGAUCUAAACUAACGUAUGGAGACUGCUCCCGCUGUAUGUCCAAGGUAGGGAUCUAAACUAACGUAUGGAGACUGCUCCUGCUGUAUGUCCAAGGUAGGGAUCUAAACUAACGUAUGGAGACUGCUCCGCUGUAUGUCCAAGGUAGGGAUCUAAACUAACGUAUGGAGACUGUCCCGCUGUAUUGUCCAAGGUAGGGAUCUAAACUAACGUAUGGAGACUGCUCCCGCUGUAUGUCCAAGGUAGGGAUCUAAACUAACGUAUGGAGACUGCUCCUAUGUCCUGUCCAAGGUAGGGAUCUAAACUAACAUAUGGAGACUGCUCCCGCUGUAUGUCCAAGGUAGGGAUCUAAACUAACGUAUGGAGACUGCUCCCGCUGUAUGUCCAAGGUAGGAUCUAAACUAACGUAUGGAGACUGCUCCCGCUGUAUGUCCAAGGUAGGGAUCUAAACUAACGUAUGGAGACUGCUCCCGCUGUAUGUCCAAGGUAGGGAUCUAAACUAACGUAUGGAGACUGCUCCCGCUGUAUGUCCAAGGUAGGGAUCUAAACUAACGUAUGGAGUGAUAUUAGUGCCAACAGAAAUAUUGAAUACAAAUUUGAUUUCUUAACACAAAUUAUUAAAUUCAGAUUCCAUUUCAGUUGGCACUGAUAUGUCUCCAUACUAAUGCAUACUGUAUGUUUAGUAGAUUUAACUCCUGACUCGCAAGCGAACAUGUACUGGCCCACGAGCGGGCCACAUCCGGCAUAGAUUGCGGCCGACCGGUGGCAUCCACUUGCAUUGGCGGUGCUUGUACAUACCAUUGCUCUCACUAUCCAUAUUCAUCUCAUAAAUAAUAUCUAACUUUUCUAUCAAGUUGCACCAUAAUAUACACUGCCUCCAUUCACACCCCUUGAACUUUUCAACAUUUUGUUGUGUAACAGCCUGAAUUAAAAAUGGAUUAAAUAGUGUGUUUUUUUUGUCACUGGCCUACACACAAUAUCCCAUAAUGUCAAAGUGGAAUUAUGUUUUUCAAAAAUUAAUUUAAAAGAAAAAGCUGAAAUGUCGAGUCAAUAAGUAUUCAACCCCUUUAUUAUGGCAAACCUUAAGUUCAGGAGUAAAAAUGUGCUUAACAAGUCACAUAAUAUAUUGCAUGGACUCACUCUGUGUGCAAUAAUAGUGUUUAACAUGAUUUUUGAGUGACUACCUCAUCUCUGUACUCCACACAUACAAUUAUCUGUAAGGUCCCUCAGUCGUGCAGUCAAUUUCAAACACAGGUUCAACCACAAAGACCAGGGAGGUUUUCCAAUGCCUCGCAAAGAAGGGCACCUAUUGGUAGAUGGGUACAAAUUUAAAAAGCAGACAUUGAAUAUCCCUUUUUUAUUUUAUUUUCUUCUUCUUCUUCUUCUUAUUAUUAUUAUUAUUUAAUUCAGGUUGUAAGACAACAAAAUGCAGAAUAAGUCAAGGGGUAUGAAUACAUUCUGAAGGAACUGUAAUUCCCUAGAACUGAAAGUAUGCAAGUAGUAAGUAGUGUGUUAAAAAAAAAUGAGUUUCCUUAACUUUACUGUCAUACCUUGUGCCAAUUGUCCCCAGCAAACCAACAACACUGCUUUCACAGUCCUGGGUGACAUAGUGAAAUGUGGAAAUACGGACACUGAGACCUGCCUAAAGGCUGUGACCCUGGUGAUUCCAGAGUCCAAGGUAAGUUAGCCUCUCUGCAGUGACACACCCACCUGAUAGUGUCAUAUUAAAAUAUAUCAACAUCAAACCAUGUUGUAUAUGUUUAGAGAAAAAAAGCUCAACGUUGAGACUUCUCCUGCUGCCAGUAACUCUUAUCACCACUUCAGGGCCAAUUCUAUUUCAAUUCCAGUCAAUUCAGGCAGUAAACUGAAAUCCCAAUUCCAAUUCUCUUCAUUGUUUUUCAGUGAGGAACAUUUGGAAUUGGUAUUGGAAUUAGGCUCUGGAUAAGAGUUUCUGCUAAAUGACUAAAAUGUAAAUGUAAAUGUUUACUUUCUGUAUUGAAUGGAAUUGACUCCACACUCCUUAUCACCAGGGGAGUCUCUCGGUCGUCAUCAAGGCCAGUGGAAGGGUCUUUGUCAACAAGAUGUUUUCUCAGUUGCCGCUUUUCAUGGGUGAGUUACUGCUUGAUGGCAACUUGAGAAAAGGGAUACAGAAAUGUGAUAUCUGUCUAUUUUAUUUUUGUCAUGAAUCAGUAUAAACUUCUGUUUGAAACCCACCAGACAUGUCACCCAUUGAGUUGUCUCUUUUUUCUUAGCAUCAUGUAACACCAAUAGCAUCCCACAACACAACGGGGGAGCUAAAAGUUAAUGGUCCACCAGAUUGUGACUAGAACUUGUGUAUAUUUUCCACAGCGAAUGUAACAAUCUUUCAGCCCUCUACGUUCUACAUCGUUGUGCAUACCUCUUAUGGGCUGCGUCUAGAGGUCCAGCUAACACCUAUAAUGCAGGUCUACAUCAUAGCUAGCAGCUCCCACAAGGAACAAACCCAGGGUAUGUUUCUCUCAGUUCAUUCAACGUCUUCGUGGAAGAUAAGCGUCUUUGGGUCUUUGAAAAGCGCUAUAUAAAUCCCAUGCAUUGUUAUUAUAAAAGCUGAUUGGUUGUCAAACUAUUGUUAUUGUAAUAUACCACUUGUUUGGGGGGGGUUCAGUCAAACCUCACCUGAAACAAUUAUUAAUAAACUAACAAUACUUGAUGCAUUGCAUCUUUAGUCAAUGUUAGUUUUAACCACUUUAAUGAAUCUGUUAUAUUGUUUUGUACCUCUUAUCCAGGUCUUUGCGGAGACUUUAACAGCGUCCAAGCUGACGACUUCAGAACCAUCAAUGGACUGGUGGAAGGAACCGCUGUGACGUUCGCCAACACGUGGAAGACCAAAGCAAGCUGCCCUGAUGUGACACAGAACUUUGAGAUCCCAUGCAGUCUGAGUGUAGAGAACGGUACUCCUUCGACCUCUUUAAAAACACUAACGUAUGUCUAAUGCAGCGGUUCUCAAACUAGGGGUCGUGAACCCAUGUGGGGUCGCCUGAUAUGAAAAAAGGGUCGCGGGAGAAUUUCCAAAAUACCCCAAAGUAUAUACACUGAACAAAAUAUAAACGCAAAACAUGACAAGUGUUGGUCCCAUGUUUCAUGAGCUGAAAUAAAAGAUCCCAGAAAUGUUCCAUAAACACAAAAACGUAUUUCUCUUAAAUUUGGUGCACAAAUUUGUUUAAAUCCCUGUCAGUGAGCAUUUCUCCUUUGCCAAGAUAAUCCAUCCAUCUGGGGUCAAAAAAAGGCCACUCUACCCCAGUGGUAGAAAAAGGAUCACUCUACCCCAGUGGUAGAAAAAGCAUCACUCUGUGCAUAGAUCAGAGUUUAUUUUCUAACUAAACAUUUGUAUUGUUUGCUUAUGUUUCGGCGUAGAGAGCCUUUAUCAAGGCCUUGGGACACUUUUUGGGGAUGACACUUACGUAUGUCUACUGAGAUGCACAGUAAAGCCUAGAUAAAAACUCUUUGUACUUUGUGCUUAAAUGUUAAAUGUUGCUCAUAUCUCCUAUGUUUUACAGAGAGAUAUGCCAAGCACUGGUGCUCGAUGCUGUCAGAUCCUGCAGGAAUAUUUUCCCAAUGCCACACUGAGAUCAACCCAAAGUACUACAAGGAAGUAAGUAUGAUGAUUUUAAUUUGUCAAAUGCUCUUUAAUUACAGAGUUAUCCCAAAGCUCUAUCAUUCAAGAAGUUCUAUAUUAAAAUGUAUCAUUUUAAUGUAUUACUAAAUGUAACCUAAUGUAGAUCUCAAAACAUGUCAUCAGAUUUUUCAAGAUGUUUUCAAAUAGUAUUGUCCUGUGCUUGUGUGUGAUUUCAGAAAACAGUAGUUUUCUUCAUUAACAAAUCACAUAACUGAACUAUCUUCUAUUUCCCCUUCUCCUUCUCCUUCUUCUUCUUCUCCUUCUUCUUCUUCUUCUUCUUCUUCUUCUUCUUCUUCUUCUUCUUCUUCUUCUUCUUCUUCUUCUUCUUCUUCUUCUUCUUCUUCUUCUUCUUCUUCUUCUUCUUCUUCUUCUUCUUCUUCUUCUCUCCCUAUAGAUCUGCCUAUAUGACAGCUGUAACUGUGAGAGGAGUGAGGAGUGCAUGUGUGCUGCGGUCUCCUCCUAUGUCCGUGCAUGUGCUGCUGCAGGUGUCCUGCUCAAUGGAUGGAGAAACACCACCUGUGGUAAGAUAAACAUCAGAGAACCCCCAAAAUGAAUUAAUGAAUGAAUGAAGGGUUUCCACUUAUAUUAACCCACUGUGUUCAGGGUUUCCCCUUAUAUUAACCCACUGUGUUCAGGGUUUCCCCUUUAUAUUAACCCACUGUGUUCAGGGUUUCCCUUUAUAGUAACCCACUGUGUUCAGGGUUUCCCCUUUAUAUUAACCCACUGUGUUCAGGGUUUCCCCUUAUAUUAACCCACUGUGUUCAGGGUUUCCCCUUAUAUUAACCCACUGUGUUCAGGGUUUCCCCUUUAUAUUAACCCACUGUGUUCAGGGUUUCCCCUCCUAUUUACCCACAGUGUUCAGGGUUUCCCCUCCUAUUUACCCACAGUGUUCAGGGUUUACCCUCUUAUUUUAAAACAAAAUAAAAGAAAUACCCCAAAACAUAUAAUGAAAUGUUGAAUCACCAUACUGUUUCCACAGGGAAGUACACCUCUCUCUGCCCCGACACAAUGGUCUAUGACUACACCAUGACCAGCUGUGACCGCACCUGUCGUUCACUGAGCCAGCCAGACUUUACCUGCCAGGUACAUUCACAUGGACAUCUCAUUUCUAUCACUUUUAUUUAUUUAAUAUUAUUAUUAUUAUUCAUUUUAUUAAUGUCUUGGUGUCUAAGAUUGUUGUUGUCUUGUUGUUGUUGUUGUUGUUGUUGUUGUUGUGUAUGUUCUUGUUGUUGUGUGUGUUGUUGUCUUGUUGUUGUUGUUGUUGUUGUGUAUGUUGUUGUUGUCUUGUUGUUGUGUAUGUUGUUGUUGUCUUUGUUGUGGUUUUGCUGUUGUUGUCUUGUUGUUGUUGUGUAUGUUGUUGUUGUAGUUGCAGACAUGCCCAAAGUAAUUUCCCCUCAGGGAUAAAAUAACGUUUUUUAAUUGAAUUGAACAGUUAGACCAUGUGCCUGUGGAUGGCUGUGGCUGUGCAGAGGGAACCUACCUGAAUGACCAGGGAGACUGUGUCCCUGCCUCACUCUGCUCCUGCUACUAUGGAGGCACGGUAGUACCCCCUGGAGAGGCCACCAGGAUCUAUGGGGCUACUUGGUGAGGACUUGCUUGGCAUGUGAAAGAAAAUCUCAGAAAAUCAGAUGGUCUUCUUUGUCGUGGCUCUAUUCAAAUAUUUAGAAAUCGACUGUCUUCUUCUCAAGUCUUGGUUUACUGCAAGAGGCAUGCUAAACCAUGCUUAACCCCCUCCUCUUGUACCCCUCUUAACCACCAGCUCAUGCAGACAUGGGAAAUUAAGCUGUGUUGGAGAACAAAAACAUUCAUGUGAGUACGACGAAAUUCGGAAACACAUCUUUAUUUGCCAAAUACAGCAAAUCACUUCACAACCAAGACUCUAUAAUUCAGUCAUGAACAAGGAAGUUGAGUCCCUACUAACCUAUAAAGCCUACUUUUGGUCCCUACAGCCUGUGAAGAACCAAUGGGUUUCUUCAACUGCUCCAGUGCAGGUCCCGGAGCCAAGGGCUCAGAGUGCCAGAAGAGCUGUCAAACACUAGACAGUCAAUGUGUAAGUCUACAAUGGGACAUGCCUUACAACACGUUUAAUAAAAACAUGCCUUACAACACGUUUAAUAAAAACAUGCCUUACAACACGUUUAAUAAAAACAUGCCUUACAACACGUUUAAUAAAAACAUGCCUUACAACACGUUUAAUAAAAACAUGCCUUACAACACGUUUAAUAAAAACAUGCCUUACAACACGUUUAAUAAAAACAUGCCUUACAACAAGUUUAAUAAAAACAUGCCUUACAACACGUUUAAUAAAAACAUGCCUUACAACACGUUUAAUAAAAACAUGCCUUACAACACAUUUUAAUAAAAACAUACAAGGACAAUGUUAUGUUACCACAGUCUCAGAUUGAUCAAAUUAUUUAUAACCUUAGACAUAGCUAGGCCCAGGAUCCAAACGACAUCCUCCGAUGGUGCACUGAGAUUGACUUUUUAGAAGGUUUCUGUUUGAGCAGACAUCUGUAAUGUUUACAGAGAACCUGAUCUCCAUGAACAUCAAGGAGAUCAUCUUUAAAAGUCCUUUAAAAACACUUGAUCCAUUUGACAAAUAAUGCCCACAUGUCAUUCCCAGGGACAUACAGGCACACUGUCAACUUAAAUAUCAGUCCUUCCCUAUUUCAUGUCAUUUCAUUGUGUGUUCCAGAUCAGUGCAGACUGUGUAUCAGGCUGUGUUUGUCCUGCUGGUCUGCUGUCUGAUGGAAAUGGAGGAUGCAUCGAGGAGGACCUAUGUCCCUGUUCUCACAAUGGAGUCUACUACCAACCUGGACAGACACUCAAAGUAGACUGCAAUACCUGGUAA